AUGAACUCUUUGUAUUUAUCAAGACGACCACUGCUAUGGCAUCCGACAAUCUUAGGGGCAGCAGCACGGUGUCCCACGACAAGCAGUACCACUGCUACUGCUGCUGCUAGACUGAGAAUAUCUUCCCAACGGUUCCUCUGUUCUGGAACAUCCUUUCCACAACAUUAUCACCGGCAGGGGGCACGAGGAACAGCAGCAAGACACGUCUUCCACUACCAAAAGCCAACCCCAUUGACUGUGCGAUGUGGAUCGUCGUCCACUCAAGAUGGAACAUCAUCUCAAGAUACUGCUACUGGUACUAUCAGUAAUAAUAAUGCUAACUCUACAGAAUUCUCAUCAUGGGAGGACAAGAAAGAUGCUGCUCACUCGGAAUAUGAGCACUGGGUUCGGCGGCUCUACAUGACCAACAUGUUCAACCCGGUCAAACUGGGCCUUGAAAACAUUCAACGAAUUCACGAGCAACUGGGAAAUCCAAUGGAUGAUCCCAACGUGACGGUCAUUCACAUUGCCGGAACCAACGGCAAGGGCAGCGUCGCACUCAAAAUUGCCAAGACACUCGAAUUCUUGGACGACGGUCUCACGGUCGGUCUGUUUUGUUCCCCGCACGUGUCGAGUUUUCGAGAACGCAUGCAAAUCAACAGUGAAUUGAUAUCGGAACAAGAAGUCGUCCAGUAUCUACCCCGCAUAUACGAGAUUUGUCAACAACACGAUAUUCCCGCCACCUUUUUUGAAGUCACGACGGCAUUGGCAUUUUUGUUUUAUCAACAACGAGGUGCCAAUGUGGUGGUACUGGAAACGGGUUUGGGAGGACGAUUGGAUUCCACCAAUAUUGUAGCACAGCCGGCAUGUGCCGUCAUUACAUCGAUUGGAUUGGAACAUACACGGAUUUUAGGAGAUACCGUCGAACUAAUUGCAUUGGAAAAGGGAGGCAUUAUCAAACCAAAUCGACCCGUCUUGGUGGGAUCGCAGGUACCGCAUGAUGUGUUACGACAAUGUGCCCGUGACAAGGGAGCGUCGGGAUAUUAUACCUGUGAGGAUAUACUCGAAAACGAAGAACAACACCAACAAUCUGCCGACUACCCCGAUUACGAUCAAGAGAAUUCACGGAUUGCCAUGGCAACCUUGCGACUGUUGGAACAAAAAGAAGAAAAAAGAAUACCCUGGAGUCGACCCAUUCCAGACGAUAUCCUGCAACGCGGCACAUCCGCACGACCGCCGUGUCGAUUCGAACCGGUACAACUCGAUCAAGGGCAACUCGUCAUUCUCGAUGUCGCGCACAAUCCACCUGCCAUGCAGUACUUGAUGCGGAAACUACGGACCACCUAUCCCAACGCCAAGUUUCGAAUCGUGGUGGGCAUGUCACGCGAUAAGGAUACCAAGCUCUGUGCCCAAUACAUGUUGGAGGGAGGCGUGCACGAUCCAGAGGCCAUUCAUCUCGUACAGGCAUCGCAUCCCCGCGCGGCGCUGUUGGAAGACAUUUUGGAAGCAUCCCCCGAGCUGCAAGGGUGUCACUAUGACUUGGAGGAUCGAUCGGUGACGCGACAAAUCCAAUUGGGAUUGGACAGGAUGACUGGCAGCAGCGAGGAAAUUUUGGUAGUCUGUGGCAGCGUCUUUCUCAUGGCAGAAGCAAGGGAAGCAUUGGGAUUUGACGAACCUCGCGAUUCCGAAUAUAUUGCGGAGGUGGCCGGAGCCCACUUGCGACAUGGACAGGAGAAUUUUGCGUCCUCCUCCAAGAAAUUGGAUGAUGACUCCUCUUUUCCGUUGCCACCGCCAGCAGCAUAG